AUGGGGUUCACCGCGAAGGCCACCAUCCCACUCAUCCCGCUGGCAAAGGACUCCGUCCUUCUGCCUGGCGUCACCCUACGCAUCUCAGUAGUCAAUCGUGCCGACAUACCACUACUUCUGUCAUCGGCCUUUCAGCGCGCAACGAAAUCGAGGACGGGAACAGCACAACUCCCGGUCGGCUGCGUCCCAUUAAACUCGCCCUUCCUCAACCCCGAUGGUAAAGAGUUGCUGGAUAGUUCCGAGAAAGAGAGCAGCCAGCACGUCGAGGAUGCAGAUAUAGCCCCAUGGAACGCCAGCAAAGAAGACCUGUUUGGUUAUGGAACGCUCGCAAAGAUAAUCGGGGUCCAAGGCAACUCAAAUGCGGAUCCAUUUCUGGUCGUGGAGGGCGUGCAGAGGUUUAAGAUUGACCGGAUUAGGCACGAGAAACCAUACUUUGAGGCGGAGGUCACGUUCUACGAGGAUGAAGUUCCGGAGCUGAACGAUGGUGACCUCCGAGCCAGUUUCACGCGGCUCCAACAACGAUCACGCGAGCUUCUUACAUUACUUCGUCUCUCCUCCCUCUUCCGUCCAGCGUCCAUGGUACUAUCUCCGUUGAUUGUCCGCCGGUUUGAACUAUACAUUGCGAAGAAAGAUCUUUCCCAGGCUGGUCAGUUGGCCGACUUCAUGACCGACAUUGUCGAGGCGAGUUUUGAGGAGAAGCUUCGAAUCUUGAGUACUCUGGACCUGCAUGAAAGACUAGAGCGUGUUCUGGCCUUGCUCAACAAACAAAUAGCAGGCAUCAAUGGAAACAUCAAGAUCACAUCAAUCACGUCCACGGGCCUCCCGCCCAACCUGGGCGUGGACAUUUCUGAUCUGAACCAAAGCCAACGAGAAGCCCUCGCACGACGGGCCAUGUCUGGGCUCAAUGGAAUGGCCCCACCGGGAAUGCCGGGCCAGCGCCGUGGAGAUCCCGACGAAGACAACGAAGUAAACGAAGUUGAAGAGCUCAGAAAGAAAGUGGCCGAGGCUGGUCUGUCACCCGAGGCGCAGAAUGUUGCGGAGCGUGAGCUGCGGCGGCUCAAGAAAAUGAAUCCAGCCAAUGCAGAAUAUGGUGUUAUUCGCACCUAUAUCGAGAACCUUGCCGAGAUCCCGUGGACGAAAGUCACGGAUGACCAUCUCGGUGCUGACACUUUGACGCGAGCUCGCAAACAGCUAGACGAUGAUCACUAUGGCCUCGAGAAGAUCAAAAAGAGGCUUUUGGAAUAUCUGGCAGUCUUGAAGCUGAAGCAGUCGGUCAAUGCUGACAUUGAUCAGCAAAUUGCGAGGCUCACCAAGCAACUCACACCUGUCCAAGAGGGCGAGGAAAAAGAAGUCGAGCAGAUUCCGGACGACGAACGAGAUGCGGCGACCGCCAAGCUACAUGUUCUCAAGUCCAAACGGAUGAUUGACAAGUCCCCAAUCCUGCUGCUCGUGGGGCCGCCGGGCGUGGGUAAGACGUCGCUUGCCAAAUCUGUUGCUUUGUCUUUGGGACGCAAAUUCCACCGGAUAUCUCUCGGUGGAGUCAGGGAUGAAGCUGAAAUUCGAGGUCACCGGAGAACUUAUGUUGCUGCCAUGCCCGGUCUGAUAGUCAGUGGUCUGAAGAAAGUAGGAGUGGCGAAUCCGGUAUUUCUGCUCGACGAAAUCGACAAAGUGAGCACGAACAAUUUCCAUGGCGACCCGUCGGCGGCUAUGCUCGAAGUCCUUGACCCUGAACAGAACCACAGUUUCAACGACCACUAUGUAAACAUUCCAAUCGACCUCAGCAAGGUUUUGUUCAUUGCGACAGCGAACACUUUGGACACUAUUCCUCCGCCGCUGUUGGAUCGCAUGGAAACCAUACAACUUUCGGGCUACACGACAAUUGAGAAACGCCAUAUUGCAAAGCAGCACUUAAUCCCCAAGCAGAUCCGGACCAACGGGCUCUCCGACGGCGAAGUUAUCAUUCCCGACGAUGUACUAGAUACAAUCAUCACAGCAUACACUCGCGAGUCGGGCGUGCGCAAUCUAGAGCGCGAAAUCGGCUCCGUGUGCCGGUACAAAGCAGUCCAAUAUGCGGACGCACGAGAUGCCAAUGACUUGUCGAAAUAUAACCCCACCGUCACUGUCGACGAACUCGAAGACAUUCUCGGCAUUGAGCGAUUCGAAGAAGAGAUUGCCGAGAAGUCCUCGCGACCCGGUGUCGUUACUGGAUUGGUCGCAUACUCGUCCGGUGGACAAGGCAGCAUCCUAUUCAUCGAAGUUGCUGAUAUGCCGGGCAAAGGCCGCGUCCAGCUUACCGGCAAGCUGGGCGAUGUGCUCAAGGAGUCUGUCGAAGUGGCUUUGACCUGGGUGAAAGCUCAUAGUUACGAUCUUGGCCUCACGCACGAUCCCAACGAAGAUAUCAUGGAAAAGCGAGCGAUCCAUGUUCAUUGUCCUGCGGGUGCUGUGCCAAAGGACGGCCCUAGCGCUGGUCUUGCCCACACAGUUGCCCUCAUCUCCUUGUUCUCGGGCAAGGCUGUCCCGCCACAAAUCGCGAUGACUGGCGAAGUCAGUCUCAGAGGCAGAGUCAUGCCCGUGGGCGGGAUCAAGGAGAAGCUCAUCGGCGCUCAUCGUGCGGGCGUCAAGACAGUGCUGCUCCCCGCGCAUAAUCGCAAGGAUGUCAAGGACGUCCCUGAGGAGGUCAAGCGGGAUCUGCAGAUCAUAUAUGUCAAACACGUCUACGAAGCCCUGCGGCACAUCUGGCCUGAAUCAGCUUGGGCAACCGACAGCCAUUUCGCGGAAGUCGAGGCUAGACUAUAA